AAAUGUGAUGCAGCCAGCAGGCCGACAUUACCGCACUGAUCAGAGAGAGACUGAUCCAGUUGUCGUGCGUGCUAUGAAGUCUCCCAUUGUCUUUUCUCCUCAAGUUGGCAGUCAGCGACCGAAUUCCUCAAAACUAAUGUCAAUUCCUUCUGGUAAACCGCAGAGUGCUAUUUACUCCAAUAACAGCAGAUUCCCGCCUCCCGGAUUGUUUUCAACAAAGGUUGUUGCCCACGACCCAUCUAUUUCUGCCUUCACUGUACCUGCUACCAGAUCUUCAGCCUUCAAUCGUGUUUCGGCUAUUCAGAAUCCUGUCAAUACUCGCAGGAAUGUUGUUUUCAAAGAGGAGCAAGGGGCUACUAGAAUGGUUUGGCACGGUCCCAGUUCCAAUGAACAAGUCUAUAGGAUGGCUCAAAUAACAAGUCAACAGCCAGCAAAUGGGACUAACUCAAUCAUACAAAUUCCGCAGUCCCUACAAAAUCACCCUGGUAUUUACAUUGACCAGUCGAGCCUAGCCAGCCAGUUCUAUCCUUAUCACCAAAACUCAGCUCAGAACUCAUCUGUCCCAAUUGUCAUUAAUCCCAGAGACAUAAACAACAGCAAUAUUGGCUAUCUUACCACUCCUCUCAACCAAGCACAUCGUCCUCCAAUUCUGAGGAAACUAUCCAAACCCUCAGAGAGACCUAAUUCUGAGGAUCACAAGGACAAUGGUCAGGCUCCCUCUUAUUCUCAUGGUGAUCCAAGUGUUUACAGUCUCAAAGAAAAAGGGGCUAACGCAAAACACGCAAAAAUGAAGCCUCCAAACAGUGACCCCUACCUUUUUGCAGAUUCUCCUCGGAAGAAGCCCCGAAAACAAGCUGUCGUUGCUCACGAAGAUGUUUUUGCUAGUAAUGUGCCCCAGUCAUCUAGAAUGGAAGGUGUUGGAGCCUCUACGAGCUAUGUUGCUCAGCCCACUACUGUUGUACAAGAACAGACUGAUGAGGAUUAUAUGUCCCUCUUUCCCCCUCGCAAGAGGAUGUCAUUGUUACCGCCAUCUAGUAAAUGCCCAUCACGACUCUUCAAUCAUUUUGAAAGGCACUCUGAUAUAAAAGUGAAAAAGAAGAAGAACCUGUGUGAGCCCAUUCCUACUAUUGCUGAGAUCGCCUCACAGGGUUGGCAACUCUUGCAUCUCAAAGCUCAACUGGAAGACAUUUCCCAAGUUCAGCGGGACACUAAGAGUAAGCUUUGUGAAUACAAGGAUUACUUUUGUAACAUAUCAUUGGAAAUAGAAGACAAGGGCUCUGGGGCCAGAGCAGGAAAUGAUUCUAUAUCGGAUCUACUGCAGAACAUAAGCCAUUGCUGUCAAUCCAACGUUACUCAGCUAAAGCAAACUAUGACUACAAUUGAUAAACUUUUAAACACUCAUAAACCUAAAAUACUGGAUCUUGCUAAGGAAUUCAAGGACAAAACAAGUGUCAAGGUCAAGAAAACACCACCUUACAGCACGCCAACUCAACAGAAAAAAACAGAAUCAGCCGCAGCUUCUAGCAGUUCGAAGAGAACGAGAAAACGGAAAACUUGAAGCUUACUCAUAAGGUGAAGAAACUUCACUAGGAUGUAUUCAGCUCGAAUUCUUUCUUUCAGUCAGGGUGAUGAAGCCAGAGUAGGUCUUCUCAGGCUAGGGUGUCUUGCUUCCUUUUAUACUGUAUCAAACAACUUUGAUAGAGCGAGAUUACAAUAUAUGAUAGUUUUUAAUUUCUGCAUAUAUAAUAAUCAGUUGAGUUACAUUUUAAAAUUUCAUAUCCAAAACACUUUUUAAGAUUUUGAUGAUUUAAAUCCAAAUUUAUGUUUUUAACGUUGUGGUGUUUUGUUAACCUACUCAAAUGACCAGGGGAAAUUGUAACUACCCCUCCCCUGGUCACUGUACGGUCUACUAAUUUUGUCCUUCCUUUGGCUAGAUCACAUGUGUGUCCCCUCUGAAACCACGUACAGCUUAAUUUUAAUCCUUAUGGCGGAACUGUUCUCACUUUUUUUUGAAUGAUUUAUAAUCCGAAAGAAAUAUCUACCAUCAUAUCCUUCUAGAAAUAUAUAGAAUACGGAAUUGAGGAUUUCUCUUAAAACAUGUCACUUUGUGUGAAAGGCGGCGGAACAGUGCAUUAUGACGUAGCCACACUAGGACUCAAGUUGUAUCAGCUGUAAUUAUGAAAUUAAAAUUUCAGUUUUGUACAGUUUAUAUCAUGAGAUAUUGAGUAUGAACAAAUUUUCGACUCUUAAAACUGUUGUUCGGUUUCCAAGCUUCUGACAGGUUUGACUCGUAAUAAGCAUGGCUCAUUACGAGCCAAUAUAUACCCAAUUAUAUGAAACUAUUAAUAGAUGGUUUAACGUCAGUUUAUAGUUGGCAGACUGACCAAAUUAUUAAGGAAGCGAAUUUUGAUUUUAACUUCUUGUUUGCUACUACGUUGGUUUGUUAUUGAUUCUUUUCUUCAGAAACUCUUUUCUUCCUGAUACUUACUGAGAUAGGCUGCGUCAUAAUGUGCUUUACCAACGCCAUACUAUGGGCUGAGCUGGAGUUAUCAUGUAAAACUUUCUUGAAGAGCUAUGAAUUUAUUUUCGAAAACUAAACCUUAAAAGUCGAUGAAACUGUCAGUUGAUUCAAUUGAAACGACCGAGUUAUAUAGAUUUAUGGUUUAUUUAUUGAAUGUGAAUUAGGGCAACAAUCGAACUGUUGGUCCGGCUACAACUUAACUGUUGUUAUACCAUAACAUAUUAUAGAUUAA